UGGCGGUCCUCGGACUUCACACAGACAGUUGUGUGUUUAUAAAAAAUGCUCUCUGAUGCGGCAAAUUUUCAGCUGCACACCCAUUUGUCUACACUGGCCGGCAUUCACAAAAUCUACCACACCCUGCACAGGCUGAACCUGACGGAGGACGUUGGACAUAACGGUCACUCCACAGCCUGCUGCUCCAGAGCCAUGCCUCCUAGGAAAAAGAGGAGACCCACUGCUGGAGAUGACCUGUCAGCUAAGAAGAGUCGCCAGGACAGUGUUUUUAGAAAACAUGAGGCACCACAAAUCCGAGAGGAGGAUACCUUCUCCAGUAAAAGAUGUCUGGAGUGGUUCUACGAAUACGCAGUCUGUGACGAUGUUGUGGGGCCAGAGGGAAUGGAGAAGUUCUGUGAAGACAUUGGAGUGGAACCCGAAAAUGUGGUGAUGCUGGUUCUGGCCUGGAAGUUAGAUGCCCAGAGUAUGGGCUACUUCACCCUACAGGAGUGGUUGAGUGGCAUGGGCUCCCUGCAGUGCGACUCCACAGAGAGGCUGAGGAACUCCCUGGACUACCUGAGGUCUGUCCUAAACAACACCACCAACUUUAAGCUCAUUUACAGAUACGCCUUCGACUUUGCUCGGGAAAAGGACCAGAGGAGUUUAGACCUGAACACCGCCAAGUGCAUGUUGGGGCUUCUCCUGGGAAAGACUUGGUCACUGUUUCCUGUGUUCAAUCAGUUUUUAGAGCAAUCCAAGUAUAAGGUCAUCAACAAAGACCAGUGGUGCAACGUUUUAGAGUUCAGCAGGACAAUCAACCUGGACCUCAGUAACUAUGAUGAGGAUGGAGCCUGGCCAGUUUUGUUGGAUGAGUUUGUGGAAUGGUACAAAGAAAGAGAGAUGUCAUAGCAUCAGGUACACUGCAACAAAUGUCAACAAAAUAACAUAAUACAACGACGACGGCUAUGAGAAAACAAACUAUACAAAAUGGAGAGGUGCGUGUCAGCGAUGACAGGUGGUGCUUCCAGGUAAUGAUUGCAGGGGGGUGUAAGGUCCAAAACUGGGUGUAAGCUGCCCUGGCGAGAUUGGGAUGUAGAUUACUUAUGGUCACUAUGGAGACACCAACUAUCUCCGGGUAAUGUUCCCUACCCAUGUUGCAUUGUGGUUAAGCACAUGGCAGCCCCUGUGGCGUUGCACCCCCUCACUGUGUGCUGUGUGAUAGGAUAACUGUUCUCAUGAGUGGCUGACGUGGGCUAAAUGGUUUUGUGUGAGAGAAAAAUCCACUCUUCAACCCCUCGCUCCCGUAAGGAGGAAUAAAACAAAUGAAAUCCCUCCCUUUUGAACAGUCGGUCUUAGUCUUAAAUCAAGGUCAUUUUGACCUGGGCACAUUUGAAUAUUGUAUAUCUGUGCUUUGAACUUGAUCUGUGCUUGUCUCUUUAUAUCCUACAGAACCCAUCGUUUCUAUCAGUUUUGUCCUAUAUUUGGGUUGAAUUUGAAUUCUUAAAGAAGUACAUUGUGUCAGGCUGAGUGUUACAGUAGUUGUUCUUUUAGCCAUGGUCCCUAAAGCUGUUAGAGGUGGAUGAUGACACCUCCACAGUUUACUAUAACAAAGUAAUUUGAGCCCCCAGUGGUUUUCAUCCCCAUGCUCACUAUGAUACCACCAGCCUGUGCUAAAGUAUUUUAGCCCCCUGUGAAGGCUUCAGUUGACCUCAUACCACAACUAACCAAUCAGCAGUGCUGCCUAUUAACUCUUAUUACAGUGCAGUGGUCAGUUGUUAGUGGACUGGCCAGCAUUCAUGGUUUAUGUGACCAAUCUGUUUCUAAGCUGUAGGUUUGUAAGAGUUUUAUUUUUUUCUCAACAUUUUUUAUGGAGGUUGCUUUACUUGCUCAACACACACACACACACACACACACACACACACACACACACACACACACCCGCACACACACACACACACACACAGUGGUCAGGGAUUAAAUCAGGAUGAAAUUAGACUUUUGGGCUUAUCAUUCAAGAGGUCUCAAAACCAUGGACAUUGAAGGGUUAGAAUUAGACCCCUGUGACGAUGCUAUGCUUUUGCUAAUGUUCUUGUAACACAUGUAUAAACUUUUGUCUCUGGCUGUGAUGUGACGCUCAAUUGUCAUGAGUGAAACGUUGCAUGCACGCUCUCCGUCAGAGCCGUCUGUGAAUGGAUGAGAUUUUUGAAAACUUGUUUUGUUUUUUUGUACAGGAAUUUGUGCUUCAUUUGAUAUCCUCCAUGUUGUCUUAACGCUUUAUGAAAACCAUGAUUGUGUAUAUUCAGAGCUGAAACACACAUGUAACCUCAUUUGAGGAAGAGGACUUCCCUCCUGCAUUUGCCAACCCCUCCCCCCUAUCACACACAGUAAAAACGACAAAGAACCCCACUGUCAGUCUCUCAAACAAAUGGACAUGAACUGAAAUUAACAUGAGACUGCAUGUGUUGUAAGAAUGGUGUCAAUCAUUGAUUGGUCAAACCCAGUGGCAUCUUAUCCACAACUAAAGCAUGUACAGUAAAUGGAUCAAUUUAUGAAUUAGUAAGGUCACAUGAGAUCUCCACCUAUCAGUGAUCCAUGAUGCUUUGGCUGUCCUGUCCAGUCAUCAGUAUAUUUGUCUAUAUUAGGUUUUUGGAGAUGGAGCUAGUGGCUGGACUGCACACUAAUAAGUCUAAUUCAGAUGGUGUUCUACAUUGGUAACGCAGGAGGUUGCACAACCCUGUCCUGACUGUAUAUGUAUGUACAGUAUGUAUGUGUCUGUUUUCACUGUAACCUACAGUAUCUCUAUAUUAACUUACUGUUGUCAUUCAUUUUUGCUUUGCCAUCUUCCUUUACAGAAAGAUUCAAAUGUGGUUUGUGAUGAGAUGUUCGUUCUGUGUUUUUAAAUUGCACAGGAUCAAGUUUGAUUCUGUUACUGUAGGCCUAAUGUAUUUUUACUAUUGCAUUACCACAGUAAUUACCACGUCAUGUGUGCAUCUUAUUGUCCAGGUACCCAUAGAUCAACUGAUAUAAAAACAUCACAAACACAAUAUGGGCGACUUUCAUUACAGGUUUAUUUAUGAUGCAUCGGCCUCCACAUAAUGUGGAGGCAGUGUCAUGAAGAGAUUAUUUUGUAGCAAAAUAGAGGGGAGUAGGGUACUGAGUGAGUAAAGGUGGAUAUGAAUCUGGGAAAUUGGGUUUUAAUGGUCCCACCUUUUAUUUGCGUCAGUCUGAAAUCAUUCAGUCACUUAAACAGCUGUUUUCAUUAAGACAAACAUGUCUGGUGUUACACUCAUUUACAACAAUGUAAUUAAAAUAAACAACUUACGUUUUAACAACUUUCA